CGUUCAACUUCAUAAUUAUUCUUUAUUCAAAGUCCUACCGCCGACGCUUAACAGCCAACGACCAACGACCAACGUCGAUCCCGUCCCGCCCCUUAUCGAUUCUACCCGUGUACUAUACGAAACCCCCUAUUAGCUUACAUCUGAUGAUACGGUAGCUGUGGCAGCGACAUCUGCCAAACCCAAAAGAAAAAGAUGGCCAACGUGUCGAAGUCGCCCGAGGCCGCGCAACCAUCAGCACCUCAACCUGCUGGUGAUGGACAAGCAGAGAACUCCGGCCCAGAUGGGACCAAUCAGUUCCAACAUGCUAUUUCGGCAUGGAGAAACAUCGAUUUGGGUUCAUUGAUGUCGGCUCUCGACAACACUGCUUCAGACAUUGUAGCUUUCCAACGAGAUUCAACCGUCCAGCGAAAAGACCUGGCUCAGAAGACGAAAGAUUUCCGAAAACUAGACGAUGCGACCAAACUGACAGAAAUCAAAGGCCUUCUAAAAGCAUACCAGACAUUCAUCGAUCUUCUCACCAAUCAUUCCAAAUCCACCAAUUCGGCAUUUUUGCAGGUCUAUUCCGCCCUCGAGAAUGCACCGGACCCGUAUCCUUUGCUUGAAGCUUCCGUCGACUCCAUGCUUGUGGUUGAGGACACCCUACCUAAGCUUACUGAAGAAAACCAGCACCUACAGAACAAUGUCGUCGAGCUUACAUCGCAAUUAGAAGAGACCGAGUCAAGACUGCAAUCGGAGAGUGCUAGCCGAAAGCAGCUUGAAAAUAAUCUCGAGACUAAAGUCAAAGAAGUGGAGGCGUCGUGGACCGCAGUCGUAGACGAGAAGAAGGACAACUGGGAAGCGAAGGAAAAGGCAUUGGAAGAGAAGAUUGAAAGUCAAGAUAGACUCAUCAAUGAAAUUAAGGCUAGUUACGAGGUGAACCAGCGUCUAAAGGGAUCCGAAGAUGCGGAUGACGAGGGUAGACAUGGUCACGUUACGAACGCAGAGUUGGAAAUGGUGAACUCUGACCUGGAGCGAACUAGUGCAAGGCUUGCGGAGGUCGAAGCUCGAAAUGAACAACUACGCUUAGAACUCGCCCAAUCUAAAUCUCAAGUCCCGGCACAAGCACCUGUCCUAGAAGAUGAUCCUGGAUAUAUUCGGAUGAGAUCAGAGAAUUCGUCUCUCAUCCGUAAGCUCGACUCGGCAAGAGUCGAGAAGGAAGGGUUCAAGAGGGAUAUCGACACAAAACUGCGAGGCUUGGAACGAGAGGUCGGUCUUUUGAAGGAGGAGCGCGAUAGCCUGAAGGCGAAGGUUCAAAAGUGGAACGACUACGACGAUAUCAAGCAGGAACUUGAGGUUCUUAAGAGUAUCGAAUUCGCGACGGGUGAUGACGACGACGUGUUAGCCGCUUCGGAGCCCAAUGGCUCCGCCCAAAAAGGGAAGGGUGACACCCUAGAACAAUUAUUGUUGGCGAGGAAUAAGAAGUUGAGCGACGAACUAACCAUUUUACGGGUGUCUCAUCAAGAUCUGCAGAGUCGACUGGAGAACCUGCAAGAAGAUAUGUCCAGAACAAAUGCAGAUCUGGAGAGGUCACAGAACCUCAACGCGCAGCUGGAGAACGAUCUAGCAAACCUUCAAUCAGGAGCACAGAACGCGUUUCCCUCGGGAGCAUCAGUGGCAGGUACUUACACAAGAUACGCGCCGUCUAUAGCACCUGGGAGGAGAGGCGGAAGAACUUCGCCGACUUCAUCAAUCAUAUCCGGUUUUGAUCCCCGCGUGACUGGGGGCGAACCAAUGGGUGGUGGCUCGGGUAUCUUACCCAUGAUCACCGCUCAACGUGACCGCUUCAAAAAGCGAAAUGCUCAGCUCGAAGGAGAGUUGUCAGAAAGUCAUCGUACCGUUUCGCAGCUGCGGCAAGAGAUCGCAGCCUUGCAGAAGGACAACCUUCAACUAUACGAAAAGACACGGUACGUAUCGACUUAUAAUCGGAAUGGACCGUCCGCGUCGUCAUCAUCUGCGUAUGCGUCGAACCCGAAUCCGUCAGUAGUCGCCAUGGGCGGUACGGGAAACCCUGGGAUUGCGUUGGAUCGGUAUAAAAAGGCAUACGAGUCCAAUAUUUCACCAUUUGCGGCUUUUAGAGGACGUGAGUCAGCAAGAGCCUACAAACGAAUGAGUCUUCCCGAGAGGAUAGUCUACUCAGUAACCCGGAUGGUGCUGGCUUCGAGAACGAGCAGGAAUCUUUUUGCAGCUUACUGCGUCGCAUUACAUAUCCUAGUAUUUUUCUCGCUCUACUGGCUCGGCACGUCGGACGUCGAUCAGCAUUCGAGCAAUCUCAGCAAGGGUGUAGCCGCUGCAGCAGCGGCAGGAGGGUUGGCCGGCGGCAAUACCGGUGGGAGAGGGCAAGCUGCCAAUCCUGGGAGUUGGCAAGAAGAGGGUUUCAACGGGCACUGAUGAUUACGUCCGCAGGGUUAUACAUCUAUUGUACCAAUACCGGCCGAGUUCUGUUUAAUACGGCAUGUGCCAUGCAACUAAUACUAGCCCAUUAAGUUGAACAUAUUGCUCAUAUGUUUAAAGUAUUUGGAUAUCAAACCACCGCGGCGUGUUUAGGUGUUCGGAUUACAUUCAAUACUAAUGUGGACGCAACCCAGGCUAUAUCGGCAUCUAAGCAAGAAGGCUUAGAAGAAGCAGGCUUCUAGAUGGUCACAAGCAAAUAUGCAGUAAUAAAUUAAUCACGAUGCCCACCAUCGGAGCCAGAAUGGUGCCCAUCUUAAAUAGAGGAA